AUGACACAACACGACAGGGAUGUUUCUGGGUUUGUUCAACGACAACUUUCAAGGAAAUCCAAAUAUCAGUCACAGAAACAAAGAGCCUCUGAAUGUCAAUCAUCUAUAUCUCCUUUGGCCGAUGAUAAAAAUCGAGAACAACUUUCAGAAGUAAGCGAGGAUGAACUGGAAGACUCAUCUACUAUUGUAACCAGCAACGGCGGUUCUUUGGAUGAAAUGUCAAUGUCGGUUUCAUCUGUCUUUCGUCAAAGGAGAGCAGCGCGUGAAAAAACUGUUGCGGCCUUAAAAGAAAAAUGGUUGUCGACGAAACCAAAGUUUUGUGUACUUCAUUGGGAUUCAAAGCUUAUUACUCUUAUUUCUGGUCGAAAAGAAGACCGAGUUGCAGUACUAGUCAGUGGCUCAGUUGAAGGGCCAAAGCUUAUUGGUAUACCACCAAUGGAAAAUUCUACUGGACUGAAUCAAUCUCAAGCCGCCCUUCAAAUGGCGAAAGAAUGGCAAAUAGAAGAUAAUAUUAUUGGAGUCUGUUUUGACACGACUGCUAGUAAUACUGGUGCUAGACAAGGCGCUGCUAUUUUAAUCGAAUCUGAACUUAAAAGAGCACUCCUGUAUUUAGCUUGUCGUCACCAUCACUGCGAACUGCACAUCCAACACGCAUUCACUGCUCUUAGAGGCGAACGUGAUUGGCCAGAUGAACCAAUAUUCAAGAGGUUUCAAAGAUCUGUUUUCGCCCCAAACGAUGACUUUCACUUCUUAGCUUCGAUGUUAUGGUAUCAAGAAGAAGAUGAUCAAAUCGCUACCGCAGUCCUCGCUUCAAUCAAGAGGCAUCUGUGGUAUCUCACAGAAGAGCUGCUAAAUAAGUCUCAAGAUUGGCUUCAGUUGCCACCAACGUUUUGGCCUCUAAUGAGCGAUUACUGCUACGCUAGGGAUUUCGUCAAGAGACUUGAAGUCACAAACGAUUGCGCAGAAAGAGGAGUCAAACUGAUCGACGAUUUCAAGGACUACACAGAUGACGAAACACAGCGCCAGUUUCUCUUACAAGAUGUAGAAGAUCACAGAAAGAAUAUUCCAUCUAUGCUGAAAAAAAUUUAA